AUAUUUUUACGAGGUUAUAAGAGUAAUCUUGUAGAAAAGUUAAUCAUUUCUUUAUUUUUCUUUCAAAUCUACAGCUUCCAUCCAUUUUCCAAUUCUCUACUUCCUCUCGUCCAGUACUACCGAACAUAAUAUAAAACGGUUCUAAUGAGAAGAAGAUGCGGCUAAACUUAAACCUGUAAACACAUAUCCCUAGACCAUUUUGCCUUAAAGCAUACCCAACCUGUUUGUCCUCUCCCUUAUCUCUAUCUUCACUUUUUUUUUUUUUCUUUUCUUCUCUAGCACUUCGUCUACUCCAGAUCAUUCAAGAAGCUCUCUCUUUCUUUUCUCUCUCUCACAAUCAAAUUCUCUCUCAUACACCUAUAGAUCACCGGCAGAGAAGUGGAGAUCGAAGUUCUACACAGAUCGGUGUACUGCAGAUCUGUUCCUUGAUUCAAUGGCUUCCAGUUCGUCAUCUUUCCCAAGUUCUUCUGUUUCUUCUACCAGCAAAUGGACGUAUGAUGUUUUCCUGAGUUUCAGCGGUGAGGACACCCGCAAUACUGCUUCGGACUUUAUAUAUUAUGCUUUAGAAGAGAAGGGCAUUAAAACUUUCAAGGACGAUCGAAAUCUUGAGAGAGGAAAAACUAUUGAACCAGAACUCCUCAAAGCGAUAAAAGAAUCCAAAUUUGCCGUGGUUAUUCUCUCAAAAAAUUAUGCAGCUUCUACUUGGUGCUUAGAUGAACUUGUAGAGAUCAUUGACCGCGAGAAAAAAAUGGAAAUGACAGUUUUGCCUGUUUUUUACAAUGUCGAUCCAUCUGACGUGCGAAAACAAAUAGGAACUUUGGCACAUGCCUUUGUUAAACAUGAAAAACAAUUCAAGGAGAAGGUGGAAACAUGGAAAGGUGCUUUGAGUCAUGUGGCCAAUAUUGCCGGAUAUCAUGUACAGAAUAGGUAAUUUUUAUUUGAAACAUACACACACAUAUAUAUAUAUAUAUAUAUAUAUAUAUU